AUGGCACAGGGAGUGCCCAUGGAUGAGCUGGAUGACAUGACUCUGAGAAAGGAAUACUCCCCGGAAGCUCUCGAGGAAACGUAUUACUUCAGUGACUACGACCAUGAUGACAGCAUUGAUUGGUACUUCGACCCUGACCACUCGGUCCACUCCUACUUGAGUGACUACCACCGCCUUGUCCUUAAAAAUGGAGAUGGCACGAGGUACCUUGACUGGGAGAAGUACUGCUCAUGGUUUACUACCUAUGAAACAGAUGAAGAGUAUCUCAAGUACUUUGAAGAAAUAUCAAAGAAAAUCAAGUGGAUUAAACGUUACAUGGAAUUUGAACGAGGAUCUCCUGAGUGGAUAGAGGUGGAAGCUAGAGGAUUUCGGCAAGCAGUGGAGAUCGCGCUAGACUUUCCCCACAUGAGCUUUGAUUUAGCUUUGACUGUUAGAUCCGAUCAUAUUUUUAACACGAGAUUUGAUCAUUUUGACCGUGAAGAAAUUGAUCCUCUUCUUUUUGAGAUUUGGAAACGUCUCACUAAGCGAAAGAUUACAUUCAGACAGGCUCUGGAACAAAUCCAGCAAGAGAACAUGUUCCCUCGACAGGAGAAGUGUAUACAAUUUGUACUGGAUAAUAGUAGUAUCUAUACUCGUUUGCAAUCAACUUUUGAUACUUGCGUGGAAGAUAUCUCUGAUGAGACUCCAGAGGAUGAAGGACGUAGGUUGAUUACAAUGGCGGUUUGGAGUAAGCUUCACAAAGAGAAGACGUGGAAUGAAUAUAUUAUGAGGAAGAUAGAGAUUGCUAAACACAUUGGGUUGGAUCUCCAAGCUACAUGUAUCCGAAUUUAA